AUGGCUUCCACUGUCACCAGCGAUGCCACGUUUCAACAGUACGUGGAGCUAAUGUUUCAAUUCGAUACGGUUUUCGAAACUCUGUGCCUAGAGCAAACGAACGACUCCGUACAAGCCCGGAGCAUGGUGGAAGCCAAUCAAGAUCUGCAAACCUGCGUCAAUCUGCAUCAUGAUCCGCAAAAUUUCACCAACGCUUUGGAUUCACUAACCGCGGAAAAUCGGAAAGAUUUCAUCAACUAUAACUGUGAUCAAUUUGAAGAGAUAAAAAAGUGUUACCUUCCCUUCACGCGGCAGCUGGAGGUAUGCUUUACCGAGCGCGAUGUUUCAAUGAUUAAAACACUGAUCAUGCUAGAGGAAGAGUUUGCCUACAUAUGUGAACGGGAUGGAGCUAAUGUUCUUAUUGUGCCACAGUCGAACUAUUCGUAUUGCGCUGGAAAUUUGCAAGAGUUGUUGCAGAAUUGUUCAAUGACGGAUUGGGCCGAACUGCGAAGUAAAACCAUCGAAACUAUGACGGAAAGAGCUUGCAGCAUUUUUGAGCGACUAGCAACAUGCUUCCAGAACAACAUUACAAAAUGUGGAGCUCCUUUAUUUGCGGAACUGUUCAACAUACGAUACAGAGCCAUUGUGAAGCAGACUCAUUGUACUAAAGGCGCAUCUAAUUGA